UUUCCUUCUGUCCGGUCAGCUCCGCACAGCCGGUUCGCCCUUGAACCUGCCUUUCCAGGAUGUGCAAGGAGCAGUUGUGGUGCCUGGGCCUUCAGUGUCCCAGGUUAAAGGGCAUAAUAAGCCUUCUGGGCGUGAAAUCGAGGUCAUCUUCGGCAAGCGGUCUUAGUAGUUUACAGAUUUGGGGUUCCUGAUGAGCCUCAGUGGCACACAGUGGAAUCAGGAACAGGGCCCGUACGUUACUUCUCUGUCUUGAACUCUGCUGUGGCCUUCCCUGGGACCCAUAAGGCUGGUUGGAAACACACACAUCACUUGACAUUGACUCGUUAAGUCUUGGCUUUACUCUCUCUCUUCUCAGCCCGAGGAAGGUUCUGGAAGGCGGGCUCUUCCUUUUUCUGGCUGCACGAUCGUGGGUGACUCUGCCUCUUUAGACCCCAGUUUCCUUUCCUAUAAAAUGGAAACACUAAUGGUAUCCACUGCUGAGGACUGUCACGGGAGGGGACACAUAUAGAGCUGUUUUACACUGCCUGGCACAGCAGUGACAUGCUCUUUUAUGAUGCUGCUGCUGCUGCUGAGAAACACUCAUUGUGAUGCCCGUGGCCAGCGGCUUGCAGUCCGGCUGGGGCAGGGAGGCGGCGAACAUGCACGAUCGUGACCCAUGUGGGUCGAGCUGUGGCUGCAGGCCAUGGGGACAGUGUUUGGAAGGGCUCUCGUGGCCCCCACGUGGACCAGCAAGCAGGAGCCUGUGGUGGGGAAUUGGCCCCACCUGUCUGCAAGUGCAGGUGCUACAGAUGCUCCCCCUUGGUGGUCCUGCAGGGACAACUGGUCUCAGGGAAGCCUCCCUGGGGAAGACAAGCUGCGCCUCAUUAGACAGCUGGGACUGGUUGGGAACUACAAGCGGACGGUGAAGCGGAUCGACGAUGGCCACCGCCUGUGCAGUGACCUCAUGAACUGCCUGCACGAACGGGCGCGCAUCGAGAAGGCGUACGCGCAGCAGCUCACCGAGUGGGCGCGGCGCUGGAGGCAGCUCGUGGAGAAGGGGCCCCAGUACGGGACGGUGGAGAAGGCCUGGACGGCGGUCAUGGCCGAGGCGGAGAGAGUGAGCGAGCUGCACCUGGAGGUGAAGGCCUCACUGAUGAACGAGGACUUCGAGAAGAUCAAGAACUGGCAGAAGGAAGCCUUUCACAAGCAGAUGAUGGGAGGCUUCAAGGAGACCAAAGAGGCGGAGGACGGCUUUCGGAAGGCGCAGAAGCCCUGGGCCAAGAAGCUAAAAGAGGUGGAGGCAGCAAAGAAGGCCUACCACGCGGCGUGCAAAGAGGAGAAGUUGGCCACGUCACGAGAAACCAACAGCAAAGCAGACCCAUCCCUCAACCCUGAGCAGCUUAAGAAGUUGCAAGACAAAGUAGAAAAAUGCAAGCAAGAUGUUCUUAAGACCAAAGAGAAGUAUGAGAAGUCGCUGAAGGAGCUCGACCAGGGCACCCCCCAGUACAUGGAGAACAUGGAGCAGGUGUUUGAGCAGUGCCAGCAGUUUGAGGAAAAGCGCCUGCGCUUCUUCCGGGAAGUCCUGCUGGAAGUUCAGAAGCACCUCGACUUGUCGAACGUGGCCAGCUACAAGAACAUUUACCGCGACCUGGAACAGAGCAUCAAAGCCGCUGACGCGGUGGAGGACCUGAGGUGGUUCAGAGCCAACCACGGGCCAGGCAUGUCCAUGAACUGGCCGCAGUUUGAGGUAAGAGGAGGCUGUGCCCGUGACCCCGCUGGUCCGGCAGGGGCCUGGGCCCGUGAGGUUGAGACAUGUGCUGACUUUCUCAUUCAACUCUGUGCUGGCCUUUGCCCUGUUUGUGGGGCAGCCUUUAAGCAUGGCUAUUCUAGAAACCAGCUUCAUGUUCAGAGUCCCCAGGGCACUACUGGAGGGCCUUCUGAAUCUCAGUAAAGACCCUUCUCGUUAAGAAUUCGGACGGUCACUUGGUGACCACCGGCAUUCUCUUCUUGGUGGUGAGUGCCAGGACCCACAGGUCACGCGGGGGCCCCAGUUCCCCGCCCCACCCUGCCAGACGGCUGAGAAGGGAGCAGCCACCGUGCAGCUGGGCUUGGCAGGCCUCCGGUCCAGGACGGGGUGGAGAGUGGGCUCUUCUUCCCCCUCACACGAGGCACUUUGCCUUGGUUCAGUCGGGAAAUUCAACCAAUUUUGGUUCAGGGUUAACUUUCCUCUUUUCCUGAUUUCCUGGGUCCGAGCCUUCCAGUAUCUUUACAUGUAAAACGGGAGGCCCUGAGGCCCUCGGGUCUCUUCCAGACACAGGACUCGGUCGCCAGGCCCCAUCGGGCCCCACGUGAGUCCUGCCACCCUCCUUCUCUGAGGGAAGGGAUUCUCCGCGCCUUGUGAUGAAGCGGGGGCCGGGAAAGGCUUUGCGGGCCCGCGGGUGCUGCCUUCUGGGAAGGACGCCUUGCGCGAGGGCCGAGCGGCCUCCCCUGCCUCCAGAGCUGCCAGGGUACAGGCUACACUCAGGUCUGGCCUCACCACCUACCAGCUGUGGGACGCUGAGCGAGUCAUUUGUUCCCACGUAUCAAAUGGGGAGGACCACGGGCGCCCAUCUCCUCGGGCAGCUGGGGGUCGUGACCUGGUCUGUGCUGGCCGUUGUGUCAGGCCUCAUACGUGUGCCUCCAUCUUCUGGAGCUUCUGAAGAAAGCUGGGCGGGCCCCCUGCACUGUCUGCAGGAGCUCUCCCAGUAGGAGGCUGAGAGCAGACUGGGCCCCUUCCUCCGAGGCACCUGCACAAAGCAGAGCCCCAGGGCCCUCCAGGGUGGAAGCGGACCUACAGGAGAAAGCACGUAGCCUCCCUGCCCUCCCUCCCCGCCCAGUGGCGGUGCAUGGGGAGGAACCGAGUUGACCUGUGUCCUGUGGACAGAGCCGGGAUUUUCCCCCUGCAGGGGGCGCAUGCUGCUCUCGGGAGCUGGCUCAGGAGGUCACCUCCCGCCAGUCCCUUAGGGAACGGAACGGUCGGGGAAGGAAGACUUGACAGGCCGUCCCACUGGGGUGGGUGUCCCGGCCAGAGCGCACCGUGGCCCUUCUGUCUGUGGAUCCUGCAGGCCGGGAAGCAGCACCCCACGUGGCACGUGCUUAAUGGUUCUUCCAGGGUCGUGAAAUUACAGGGUCUAAUGAAAUUAUUUGUUUUUAUUUUCCAUGCCGCAGGAUGAAGUAAGUUUCUGUUCUUUGGCUAAUGUAUUGAAUUCCAAACCUUGUGCCGUGUGUGUCCAGCCCGCGUGGGCUGCGUGUGGGCUCCACAGCCUGGUGCCGGCAGAGGAGCUGAGGCAGCAGUUCUGCCCGUGCUGGUCAUUGUCCUCGUGAACGGCCGGCCCUCCUUCCCCAGCCGGCCUGGUGUCGAUUACGUGGGCCCUGGGGAGCCCACCCAGUCGGGACGGGUCUCUCUGAGUCAGCUGAUUUUGGUUGAGAAGAUAAUUAUCAACAAAUAGGUGACCAGGAUCUGGAGUCAGGCCCAAGUCUGCCACCAACUCUGUGUGGCCAAGGUCACGUUUUCUGUCUGGGCCUCAGUUUCCUCGUCUGACAAGUUGACAGGUUAGACUUGGUGUUUCUAAGAUGCCUUCUAAUCUGGAGGCCCUACAGGUACAUGUGGGCCACGCUGUGGCCUCGGUCCCACCAAGGGUGAGUUCAGUGGAGGUGGUUUGGUAACGGGUGGGGUUACCUGUCUUUCUGCAAGAUCGUGUUAGGGACACGUGUUAGGGACGGCCCUUCUUCCUUUUCCCCGCUUCCAGUGUCCCUCAGUGCAGUUGAUAAAAGCUGUUUACGUGCUGGGAAACUAGGGAACCUUUGGGGAGUCGACUCUUUGCUCGGUUAGCCCCACAGCACGUGCUACCAGUGAGGGAGCCACUCCCGGAGACCUGCGAGGUCGAGCCGGCUUAUCUGCCCCUUUGGUGAUGUGACAUCCAGGCCCUGUGCGUUUGCACCCCGUGGUGCGGUCCCCACAUUGCAGGCUUGCUCAGAGUCCUGUAGCCAGCCCUCCUGUUCCCCUGGGAGCCAGAAACACUUUAGGGAAUAAAUGGGAAGGAUCUUUGCUGAAAGAGCUAAUUUGGAAGGCUCAAGGAAACUGGCGAGGCCUCUGGCGACCCCUGGUGGCUUGAGGUGGCCGGAGGCUUAGUGCCACGUGGGCAGGGGCCGGAUGGGGAGGCUCCCUGGACACCUGCGUGCUGGCUGGCCAAACUCUCCUCCCGAGACCAGGCCACCACAGGCCCAAGUCCCCACCUUUAGCAGUGAGGAGGGGGGAGUAGGAAGGUGCCAGGAACCUGAGGUCGGCUGGAAAACAAGGCAAAAUCGAGGCAGCGAGGCUACGUGUCACUAACCAGGCAGGGCGGGCCACUGGCUGGCUGGCCGGUGUGUUAGACUGACGUGGCCUCAAACUAAUGAACUUCCCUGUCUCUCUCCCUCGGUGCCUGCUGCCCAGGAGUGGUCCGCAGACCUGAAUCGAACUCUCAGCCGGAGAGAGAAGA